UUGGCAAAGAAGGGAAUACUGUGUAAAAAUGAAGCUGAAAUGCGUGCAUAUGAUGUCUUAUUGAACCUGGACGAUUCGAGUAUUUUACGGCAAAUCCUAACUUAUCGCAGAGAAAUGCGCGAAUCUAUGCAAGUGAAGUUUGCAUUAAGCCUUUUUUCAUGUUUCAAAAAUGGAAAUUAUAUCAGAUUCUUUAAAUUGUUGAAAAGAAAUGCGAGUUAUCUGCAGUGCUGCUUAUGUCAUCGAUAUUUCUAUGAUAUUCGGAAUCGCGCGCUUUAUGUCAUGACUUUCUCUUCUCAUAAAAAUGCUAAAUAUCCGAUUGCUAAACUUGUUGAUAUUCUCGGUUUUGAUAGCGUCAGUGAUGCCACUGAAUUUAUUGUAAACUACAACAUGCCUGUUGAUACUGCUAGCGAAUCAGAUGAUAUAUACUUAUUGUUCUCUAAGUCUAAAUUUUGUUUAUCAGCUACACGUGUGCCAAAAAUGUCAUUGUGGAUUGAAGAGAAACGCUCAAACACGCCUAUAGCUCAAAUUUUGAGCGGUGGAUCAUCCUCAGAAGUUAUUUUAAAACAGCCAGCAAAUUCGUUUAAUGAACAAGGAAUUUAUACAUCUGAUCCUGUCAUCUCAGACUAUAUUGAAAAUUUUGAAGUGGAAAACGAUAAGAGCAGACAUGGCAAUGUCGUUUGUGACUCCACUAUUCCAGAUUUGCAAAAUAAAAUAAAAAAGUCUGAUGAAAAUAUGGCGAACAUGAUUGAUUCGUUAGCUAAUGGAAUUGCAGCUAUUGUUAUCGAUAAAGAAAUUGGUAACAUUUUUGCGGAGUCCAUGAACUGCAAUGCUACAGUUCUACAAACGUCUGCUCAUUUAUACGAUGGCGUGCUUGAUAACUGCAUUCAAACUCAAAUUGGAGAAGUUUCACUGUCUGCAAGCCUUUCAAGUAAUCAAAGCAAAAAAGAAAAUAUUGCACAAGAAAUUUGUUUUGAAAAUAAUAUAUCGCAAAAUUUGCUGAAUGUUGCUGAGGAAAAAAUCGUUGGGGAUCGUUGCGCAACCGUUGUCAAUAGGAAUAAACUGAGAAAUGAUAGGAAACUGCUUACCAACCUGGUUGAUUCUAUAUCCGGCAGUUUUUACGAAAAAUUGAUGGAAAAUGUUGCAGACGAAUUAGUCAAAGAAAUUGGAAAUUCUGUUUUGAAACAGGAAAUUGAAAAUGUACAAAAACAGAUCGCUGCUCGCUUAGAUAAGUAA